CCUCUCCCUGCGAGCUCGCUCGCGGGCUCGCUGGCAACUCGCGUGGGCCUGAGCCGAGGCCCCGUCUUUGCGCUUGAAGAGCGGAUGUACGGCCGAGGUUUUGCAGUACUGAUAAAGGGCUGUGUCCGUUCCCACGGAUGAUUGCAAGGCUUGGCAGGCCCCAGUAAGUCUCUGUCAGCAAGAAAUACAGCAUGCAGAGUGAUUGUUCACAUUGACUUGGACUGCUUUUAUGCACAAGUAGAAAUGAUCCGUAAUCCUGAAUUAAGAGAGAAGCCUUUAGGUGUGCAACAGAAAAACAUUGUAGUUACCUGUAACUAUGAAGCCAGAAAACUUGGAAUUAAGAAACUGAUGUCUGUCAGGGACGCUAAAGAGAAGUUUCCUCAACUGAUACUGGUUAAUGGAGAGGAUCUAACUCAAUAUAGGGAAAUGUCAUACAAGGUUACAGAUUUGUUGGAAGAAUUUUGUCCACUAGUGGAAAGGCUUGGGUUUGAUGAAAAUUUUGUGGAUAUCACAGAGAUUGUAGAGAAAAGACUAAAACUACUACAACAAACUGGAUGUUCCCAAGUAUGCGUGUCCGGCCACAUAUACAAUAACGAAACUAUCAAUUUACAAGAUACAAUGCAUGUAAGACUAGCUAUUGGAUCUCGGAUUGCAGAAGAGUUGAGGGAAGCUGUGCAUGCUAGAUUGGGCCUCACAGGCUGCGCUGGAGUGGCUUCUAACAAACUACUGGCUAAGCUGGUUUCUGGUACCUUUAAACCAAAUCAACAAACAGUUCUUCUGCCUGAAAGCUGUCGGGAUCUAAUAUGCAACCUUGAGCACCUCCACAAAGUGCCUGGCAUUGGCUAUAAAACUACUAAACGCCUCGAAACGCUGGGCCUUAAAAGUGUGUGUGAUCUCCAGGCGUUUCCAUCUGCUAUAUUAGAGAAGGAGCUUGGUGUUUCUACUGCUCAGCGUAUCCAAAAACUCAGCUAUGGAGAGGAUGACUCCCCUGUGACUCCAUCAGGCCCUCCUCAGUCCUUUAGUGAAGAAGAUUCCUUUAAAAAAUGUUCAUCAGAAGUGCAAGUUAAAGAGAAAAUAGAAGCAUUGCUUGCUAACCUCUUAGACAGAAUACACAAAGAUGGAAGAAAACCACACACAAUAAGGCUGGCCACCCGCCAGUUUUCUUCAACUAAUAAAUGGUUUAAUCGGGAAAGUCGUCAGUGUCCUAUUCCACCUCAUCUCAUUCAGAAAUUUGGAAAAGAAAGCAGCAGUAUUAUAUCCCCAUUGGUUGAUAUUCUAAUGAAACUCUUUCGAAAGAUGAUAAACGUAGACCUACCAUUUCAUCUGACGCUUCUGAGUGUCUGCUUCUCCAACCUCAAAGAUCUUCCUAGCAGCAAGAAAGGAUCAAUUGGUUUUUAUCUAACAGAGGUGUCACCACCUUCAGCCUCUGGUAAUAAUGUCCAGGAAACGGAAGAUGUCUCACAGGGCCAGGCAAGCUCUUCCUGGAGCCAGAAUUUCAACAGAACUGGAAAUACACCAGUGAGGAAACUUUCAGAAGAAAAGCAAAGCUGUAUAAGAAAAGCUGGAAUUCUUGACUUCCCAUUUCAUUUGUCUCCUGGUGACAUUGACCAGGAGGUCUUCCGGGAACUUCCAGAAGAUAUUAGGAAAGAAAUUAUUUCUGAAAGAACAGGAGAAACGAUCCCUACAGAGAAUGUUUUUAGUAGGCCGUCACUGUGUUUUCCAAAAGAGAUAAAUAGCACUUCUCCAAAUUCCAAAAGAGUAAAUGAUGAUAUGAAUGCUUCAGGGUGCAGUAUAUACUUCAGAUCAGCUCAUGACUCUGCAACUGCUCUGGCACACAGCUCCAGCGCCAGUUGUUCUUCUGAGUAUCCUGGAAGUAUAUUGAUAGAUGGCGAUAUAGAAAAAGACGCGACUGACUCGCUGAAUUUCCGAGAGAGAGAUGCGCUGGCUCUGGAAGUUGGAGCCAGCCAAACUGUUCUGCCUGCACCUGUCUUCAGUAAAGAUGAGCAAGCCUUUGGGACAACUUCUGAGGAUAAAACCCAUGGUAGCAGAGAAGGAAUCGUAUUUCCCCUUAAUGUUGACCCAAAGACUUUUUUUGAACUACCUGCAGAUGUGCAAAAAGAACUACUAGCUGAAUGGAAGAACCAGGAACUUGCAUCUAAAAUGUUUAUGGGUAAACCUCCUGAAAAGCCUAAAGCAAACAGAAGAAGAAAGAAUACAGCAUCGUGUUUUUCACAAUCUAACAGUUUACUAAGAUAUUUUAAACCACAGUGAAACAUUUUUAUAAUACAAGGGCACUACAAGAAGGGGCACUGAAGACAGUUCACUUUAUGAAGACUUAAUGUAAAUUGUAAAGAUGUGAAUAUUAAAAAUAUAUUUUGGUAACUUUAGACAUAAUAUCUACUAGUGAUUUCUUUAAGAAGUAACUAUUCCAUCUUGUUUUCCUUUGACGUUUUUAGACUUGCACAUCAUUUUGUGAGAAAGCAUGACUUGAUCAGAUAAAUCCUACAUUGUCCUAAAAUACUACAGUGUAGUUUGCAAAAAUGCCAUUUAGUAUUCACUGUUAAUGCCUUAACACACUGACUGUGGGGGAAAAGAGCACCUUUUGAAUUUAUUUUGUUAAUUUGUACUAUUUCUCUGUUAAGCGUUACAGCAACUUGGGAGGGCAGGAAGCAGUAAAGAUGAAAACUCUGUACACGCUAUUCUUUAACUUGCACCUUUGUGUCUGUGACGUGUAAUGUAAACUGACACAGCAGUCAAUAUUUUUUGCAGUUAAAUGGUAACUGGAAGCAUUAGAAAUACUGAGGAGUAAGGCUGGAAGCAUUAG